CUGUCUGCUCCUAGCUCUAGCCUGUCUGCUCUUAGCUCUAGCCUGUCUGCUCCUAGCUCUAGCCUGUCUGCACUUAGCUCUAGCCUGUCUGCUCUUAGCUCUAGCCUGUCUGCUCUUAGCUCUAGCCUGUCUGCUCUUAGCUCUAGCCUGUCUGCUCCUAGCACUAGCCUGUCUGCUCUAGCCUGUCUGCUCCAAGCGCUAGCCUGUCUGCUCCAAGCGCUAGCCUGUCUGCUCCCAUCGCCAGCCUGUCUGCUCCCAUCGCCAGCCUGUCUGCUCCCAGCGCUAGCCUGUCUGCUCCCAGCUCUAGCCUGUCUGCUCCUAGCUCUAGCCUGUCUGCUCCCAGCGCCAGCCUGUCUGCUCCUAGCUCUAGCCUGUCUGCUCUAGCUUCCUCCCAGACAACUCGAGCCGGAUGUUUAUGUCAACCAUCAGCAGGUGAACUGCAUCAUGACGACAGAAGCCACCAUUCACAAUUGGGCGGGGUGACUGGGGAGUUGUCUGGCCUGGGCAAUGGGUUUGCUUGGCCCAACAGCUGGCCUGUCCCACGAGGGUGUCUCCCUUUCUCCUGCCUGCCUCCAGGUCCUCACCCUGGCCCCAUGGACCACAACACUCCUGCUGCUGCUCCUCACUGACCUGGCCCUCUCUGCCAAGGCUGGAGGCAGCCUGUCAAUAGCAGCCAUUACUGCUCACAGCUCCGUCUACCUAUCCUCACUAAAGCCAAGAAAUGAAUCUCCCAGGGGUCGAUAGUCAAGCCUGUUGAAGUUUCUCAUCAGGUUACUGACAACAGAGGGACUCAUGCCAUGGACACGGUAAGACGGGGGUAGAAGUGGCGGGAGUGGUCCUCCGGGUCAGGCCUCAGCCCAGAGCUGGAUGUUUGUGACAGAUUCAUGGGCCUGAAGGACCAUGCGGAGGAGGAUGCAGCAGGCCGCAUCCCAGACCUGGGGCUGGAUUUAGAGUACCUCCACAUCGAAGGCUCCGUCAGCAGGAAGGCUGGCGCCGAUACAGGACCCAGUGUGGAGCGGGGCGAGGAGGAGGAAGAGGCCUGCGAGGGCAGCGGCAGUUGCAGCUUGUCCACGCCUGGGGGGAAGGGGGGGGAGGUGGUGGGGGAGGAGAGCGCUGGGUUCGACAGUGACCCGGAGCCAGCCCGAAACAGCACCGGUUCUAACCCGGCUGGAGGAGUGUCCGUAUCUGAGCUUGAUAGAGGUGUGCCUGUUCCCAACACCCACCAACCUCUGUGCAGGACUCCCUGUGUGGACCUGGGGUCCGAGGGGCCUCCUGACCCUCCGUCGGGGGAGCCUUCACCCGGGGCAGCCCUGAGGGAGUACCAGUCCAAGCUGGAGUUUGCCCUGAAGCUGGGCUACGCCGAGGAGCUGGUGCGGCUGGUGCUGGCCAAGCUGGGGCCGUACACGCUCAUCAACAACAUACUGGGAGAGCUGGUCAAACUGGGCCGUAAGGCCGAGACAAACCAACAGCUGACUCUGUCCACGGCUUCACAGCCCGCCCCCUCCUCCUGCUCCUCCUCUUCCUCCACUUCUACCUGUGGGUAUGUGGAGGCAGUGGAGGCGCAGCAGGGGAGGUCAGACUCCCCCUACCAGACAGACUUCCUCCUGGGGGACAAGGACAACCUGCGGCCCGUCGUCCUGGACGGUAGCAACGUGGCAAUGAGCCAUGGCAAUAAGGAGGUGUUCUCCUGCUACGGCAUCCAGCUGGCUGUUGAUUGGUUCCUGGAGCGAGGUCACCGUGACAUCACUGUGUUUGUGCCGUCCUGGAAGAAAGAGCAGUCCCGCCCUGAUGCCCUCAUCACAGACCAGGAUAUCUUACGUCGUCUGGAGAAGGACAAGAUCUUGGUGUUCACUCCAUCUCGUCGGGUCCAGGGUCGCCGGGUGGUCUGCUACGACGACCGCUUCAUCGUCAAGCUGGCCUACGAGUCCGACGGCAUCAUCGUCUCCAACGACAACUACCGCGACUUGGCCAGUGAGAAGCCAGAGUGGAAGAAGUUAAUUGACGAGCGGCUGCUCAUGUACUCGUUUGUCAACGACAAGUUCAUGCCUCCUGAUGACCCUCUAGGUCGUCAUGGUCCCAGUCUGGAGAACUUCCUGAGGAAACGUCCCAUCAUGCCAGAGCACAAGAAGCAGCCCUGUCCUUACGGCAAGAAGUGCACUUACGGCCACAAGUGUAAGUACUACCACCCGGAGAGGAGUGCCCAGUGCCAGCGCUCGGUGGCAGACGAGCUGCGUGCCAGCGCCAAGACCUCUGCCACCUCUACUAGCGCCAAGGGCCAGGCUGGCGAGGCCGGGCUGGUGAAGAGCCACAGCGUGCCCAACAAUGUAGCGAUGGGCACCAAGAGAGGUUCUGCCCCCAAAAGGCAGUGUGACCCCAGCAUCCGGGCGCUGUCCUACGGCGAGGCAGAGGACAAGCUGAGACACGCUGAGAAAUGCAACAGCCUCAGUAGUAGUAGUGGGAGUAGUUGUUGUAGUGGGAGUGUUAUUCUGUCCCCUGCCCCUGGAGGACCCCCCUCCUCUGCCCUCAGCGACCCCCAGGAACAGCCACCGAGCCUGGGCAGGGACACACCCUACAUGACCCUGCCGCCCCCCCACCCUGACCCCUACUCCUCCAGCUGUGACUCUCCAGAUCAGAGCUACUACUCAGUGACACCGGCCCACUCUGGCCUGGCAGCACGGAGGAGUCCGGUGUCCCGCUUCCCGCUGGACACGGACCUGCGUCUGCUGGGCUCGUCAGACUGUGGCAACAGCGGAUGUGACUCGUACGGAGAGAGAGCCUCCUGUCUGUGCUGCCCCGGUCCUCUGCUGGACAAGUACAUCCACCAUCAGCAUCAUCGGCACCAUCAACACAACCGCCUGUACUCUCAACACUCUGCCCCCCUGCUCGACCCCCAACCCUCCCCACACACCUCUGUCCUCCAUGGCUAUCACCAGAGCCUGGCACGGGGCCACAGCUUCCCCCACCACGAGCCCCCUGACCCCCACCUGAAGCGCCCUCUGUACCCCCUCCCGCCUCCCCUCCAGCACCAGGCCGUAGGCGCCCGCUCCAGCUGCCCUGGAGACUACCCCUCUGUGUCCCAGUCCGGCCCCUACCCUGCUGGCUCCCCUCUGGGCCGCUGCCUGGCCAACACGCGGCUGGAGACGCUGUCAGACUCCCGGCUGUACGAACGCUCCCCGCUGCCGAAAGCCUUCUCCUGGGAUCCCUACUGCAGCCAACUCCCUCAGUCCCACUAUGAGGCCUACCAGAGUCUCCCAGAGACCCACGAUGUAGGCUGGGGACACACAUCUCCAUGGGGACAGACCACACACUCUUACCACCCCCCUCACCCACCCUACCCCUCUCAGCCCCCUCACCCAUCCCAUGCCCCUCAGCCAUCCCACCCGUCCAUGCCCCCCCACCACAUGCAGCAGGAGCCCCCCGCCCUGAGCUGGUGCGGGGAGGUGCGGGGGGAAGGUCUACCUCAACCUGUGUAACAUCUUCCCCUCUGAGCUGGUGGGCCGGGUUAUGGGGAGGAACCCCCAGGUGACCGACGCCCAGCAGCUAGCUGCCGCCAUCCUGGCUGAGAAGUCCGGCUACUGAGGCCAGCUAGCCUACUACUCUCUCCCUAUUCAUAACAACACUUAGUUGUAGUUUUGACAAUAUAAGGGUUUGAAUUUGUUUGACUGUACAUUUGUUUGUGGAUAACUUAGUGUUAAUCAUGUGCAGGUGAGGAUAUGCGUUGAUUUACAAAUCACUUUUUCCUCCGCUGUGUGAAACAUUUAAAAAAUAACGGUGGAAUCUGAGGGAUCUGAUUUAUAUGCCUAAUCUUACUUCUAUUCUAUAUUUUCUACUCCAUUUGUAAACAUUCACCCCCAAAUUGACCAUUUAUCAACAGAAUCUUGGUUGUUGGGGAUGUGUAUAUCUUCUGUGUUCAAUCGUGCAUCGGUCUAAUCGAUUUGUUUUGUGUUUUUCAGUGCUGUGUGUUCUGUUUGGGCCUGUUGUUGUUGUGAUAGUAGGUGACUGAGUUAGUCUUCUCAGUUGAGAGAAUGUCUUGCAGUAGUUGUAGAGACGGGCACGUUCGUCGACCUUGUCUUGUUGUUUUAGUAAGGGACGUCUCUGGCCCCUCGUUUUGGCUCCAAGCCUGCAGCUGCUACAGACACGGUAGACUCAAGCUCAAAUCCCAAGGAAAUCCCCUUUGGUUGUUUUCCCUGAAGACCUAUCCAAAGGGCUCAGAGCACUUAGCUUGAUGUAGACAAUCUGUUACAGUUACCGGCACAAUCCCUGGUAGACAGAAAGCCUUUCUUUGUUGAUACAAAUUGUAUCGUUCAUUUAGGAUUAUAUAUAUAUAUAUAUAUAUAUAUAUAUAUAUAUAUAUAUCCGUAGGUGUGUAAUCGAUUCAUGAAAAGCUGUUUAUAUAUAGCUGGUGCAUUUUAAACUAUAAUACUGUAUGAGAUAUUCCAGGCAACAUUUGAUUAUUUUUAGACAUGGUUUGUUUAGAAAUAUGAAUCAAAUUAGAUACAUGAAAAAAGGUGAGGUAUUCUGACUUUCUGGGGGAUGGAGAAUAGCCAAGGCUGGGUUGAACCCAAGUGGCCAGCGAGGUGAAAUGAAAUGGGUUAACUGCUGCCUGAAAUAUGCAGUCGGUAAAUAAAAAGUUUUGUUUUGUAACGAAAAACCUUCUCUCUGGCACCGUGUGUCAGUGAGGACCCGGACGUGGGCAAAAAGUAAUGCCUUUACACGGCAUUGUGCUAAUGACGCAUAAAAUACUCUGAACCAUGUUCAGCAAACUGUUAUGCAUGUUUUGGUAACACUUUAUUUUAAUCGUCCGUAAUAAACCAUUUAAGUCAUUUAUAAAGUGUGUUCCCCAUUUUAAGAAUCAUUAUUCCCACAUUUAUAACCAAUGUACUAAACAUUAGUUGUAUUUCUGCAGCCCCUGAUCUGAAGUGAGUGCUAUUUAUGCUUUAUGUUUUGAGUGACCAGUGUAAUUUCUCCCAAAAAGAUGGGCUUGACAUUUCAUCAGUACCUGGUAAAAGAAUAAACUGACAACACAGGAUAUUUAAGGAAAUAUAUACAUUUGUGUAUGAACUAUGAUUAAUAAUUAACUUAGUUUAUUACGGACCCUUAAAAUAAAGUGUUAGCCAUGUUUUCUUCAAGUGUUCUUGUAUCAUAUUUUCUUUGUGCUUGAUUUAUCAGUUCUGUUGUAUUAUAUUAGCUUGACAACUCCGUGCCUAUCAAAUAUAGUAUUGGCUUUGUGUCUUUGUUUUGUUGGAAAUGUAUAGUCUUGUAGUCAGAUGUGAUGAGUUGUCAUUGUUACUCUGUAAUUUCCAUAACACCAGAGAAUUUCAUGUACUUAGAAUAACAUUUACUAUAUUACAGAUGAGUUUUCCUUUGAUCUAAUUCUGAGGGCAGAAACAAAUGUGAUUUGUUGGGUUUAAAAAAAACACCAGGCUUCAAUCCUCCUGCAUCAUCAAGAUUAGAACCUGUGAUCUUCUGGUCCCAGUGGGGAGGGCACCACGCUUGUUUUUUCACAUUUACAGCUGUUCAUUUAGACUGUUAGAUUUGAAAUGUGAUUCGUUUUAAGUAUAUUGGGAUUUGAACUGGCAACCCUGUGUGUGACGCCCUUAAACCACCCACCCAUAUGGCCUUUUAUUUGACUCACCUGCAUACUCUGUCCACGGACUGACAGCGUUUCAUCCAUAGAGAUAGAGGACUCUUAGUGCCCAAAAGCCUGUUUUAGCAUGGGCAACACUGUUGAGGCAACUCAUAGACGUAGAAGAAAAGGGACUACUUCAAAAUGGAGAUGGCCACAAUGACGCUGCCCGUGAUCUCAGACGCCAUAAUGGGACAGAUGCAAUGUCUCCGGUUUCAUUCUGGCCUCGAGGACAAGCUGUUUGAACAAGUUCAAAUAAAGAAAAACACUAAUGAGUCAAACAUUUGAUGUGCAACAAGUCAAUGGCAAUUAGUGUAGUUAACUAAAUGAUUCAUUUGGCUUUACCUUUCCUGAUGUGAUCAGAUGUUUGUGGCAACUAACCAGAUAGAGGACACUGCUUUUUGUGAGAAAAUGUAUAUUUUCAGAUCAAAAGAUGAACUGCUCAUUGAAUGUUGUUAUAACUAAGCAUCAAGAUGUUGUCUGCCCUGCAUUAAUUAAACCAUGGAUGAACA